UUGUUCCCUCUCUGCUUCACAUGCAUCGUUUCGAAAAUUCUCUUUUAAAGGCGAGGGACCGGUAAGGGCUCCCUGAACGGGGCCCGUCAUGUCGGAUUCGAUGUGUCUGACCGUCCCUCGAGACUCUAUCAUUUCUCCGUACAUUUUUGCAUCACGGUGCUGGAUAUACCCGGCUUUAACAAUGGGACGGCGUUGGAGGAGCCAUUUGAAUUUAUCAGUUGCGGAAAUGGUUGCUUAUUUGACCUUUGCUUUCUAUUCUUCGCUGUUUCUAUGCCAUGUCUCUUUUCGCCUUCGAAUGGCCAGUGGCUCCCCCCAUCCAAAGCUGUAAUGACACAGUUGCGCUCGCAGUCUUUGUUGCACUAAUGCUGUGACCCGAA